AUGCUCAAGCCUGCAGGCCAAGUGGAGCAUACUCCGAAGCUUACGAUGAAUUUCUUUGUGCUCCGGCGUAGACCUACCGCAUCCGCACGUAGGCAACGGGAAGCUGCCCCUGUUGCUGAGCUGACUGAGGACGUACCAGCACUUGGUGCAGAGGGAUUAAUUGGUGAUGGUGCUGAGGGCUUAGUGGUGAUGGUGCUGAGGGAUCCGCUACUGAUGAUGCUGAGUGAUUUCCAGGAACGUCCUGAAUUAAAGUUGGUCUCCCACGGAAGGAAGGUUGAGAAGUUUGGGAGGCCAGCUCCUGAGAUUGAAGGGUUAGUCGAUCCCACAAGAUUAACUCCUUUGAUCGAGUGUUCAGUAGUCACCGGCGAUUUGGGAGUUAUAUUCGCUUUUGUCGAGAGGUGGCACAAGGAGACUAGCAGCUUCUAUCUUUUAGUAGGAGAGUUGACCAUCACACUAGAUGAUGUGGCGUCACUCCUCCAUCUGCCGAUCACAGGCACCUUCCACAGCUUCGAGCCUCUACAUGUGGACGAGGCAGUCAUCAUGUUGGUGGAGUUGCUUGAUGUCUCGGGUGAGGAGGCUAGAGCUGAGACUAGUGAGAGCUAUGCCUGGGGAGCUGCCGCGCUGGUGCAUAUGUAUGACCAGUCAAAUGAAGCUUCUCAGAGCACUAGACAACAGAUUGUUGGGUACCUUACUUUAUUACAGUGUUGGAUAUAUGAGCACUUUCCCAGUGUGCAUGAUAGCGUUACUGAUGAUGGCUACGAUGAGACGUCCCCACAUGCCUGA